CGCGGUCCGAAGUCAUCGGGCUCGGCUUGGAAAUACCGAUCAACACGAUCGAUGAAGGGACUGUUGGUUGGAUCAUGUUCAGUAUAGGCAUGCACUCGGCGAUCCGGGCGACGGAUAAGCAUAAGGCGGCGACAGAUUGCCAAAUCAUUGCCUGGCCAAGUAAGAGGGUGAUCAAAUAAAAUGCAGGAGUAGCGCAGCUAAUUCUGAAUGCUUUCACAAUAACGGCGCAUAUACUGCAAGAUCAAUUCUAAUCAUGAGCGAUCAAGUUACCAUAACACCCGAAAUGGCCUCCGACAGGGAAGACCAGAAGCCUGGGAUAAAUGAUCAAUACCAAGACCAUCUGGUAACCUUCGACGGUCCAGAUGAUCCCUAUAACCCCAUUAACUGGCCAUUCCGCAAGAAGUUCAUCACCACCAUCUCCUACGGUCUCACAACUUGCUGGAUCACAUUAGCCUCUGCAAUCUUCGCCGCUGCUAUUGAACCGGUUUCUACCGAGUUCAAGGUCAACACUGAGACAUCCGCUGCAGCAACGAGUUUGCUUGUGUUCGGAUUCGGUCUUGGGCCUUUGGUCUGGGGACCGCUCAGUGAGCUCUAUGGUCGGAAAUGGCUUAUCCUCAUCCCGUAUUUUAUCGCCGCCGUCUUCUCAUUCGGCACAGCCACCGCAAAGGAUAUCCAAACCGUCCUCAUCACGCGCUUCUUCUCGGGUCUCUUUGGCAGCGCGCCCGUUACGAUUACUGGAGGUGUUAUGGCAGAUAUCUGGGCUCCUCAUCAACUUGGUAAUGCCAUCGUGGCUUAUGGAGUCACUAUUGUUGGAGGUCCGACAUUGGGUCCUAUAAUAGGCGGAGCACUGUGUUCGAGUCACCUGGGCUGGCGCUGGACUGAGUACCUGACUGGCAUUGUGAUGAUGGCUCAGCUUGCAGUUGAUCUUUUGGUGAUUGAUGAAAGCUAUGCACCUAUUUUGUUGGCGAGGAAAGCUCAUAAGCUGAGACUUCAUACGCAAGACUGGGCAUUACAUGCUAAGCACGAAGAAUGGGACGUGUCAUUCAAAGAGCUAUAUCAGAAAUACUUCAUCCGACCAUUUCAGAUGAUGGCAACACCCAUCUGUUUUCUUAUGUCGCUAUACGCCUCAUUUGUCUAUGGCAUCCUAUACGCAAACCUCGAAAGUUUCUCCAUAGAGUAUCAAGAAGUGCGUCAUUGGGGACCAGUGGUUGGUACACUACCCUUCAUCGCACUUCUAAUCGGUAUCCUAUUUGCAGCAGCGGUCAAUAUCUACAACAACAAAUACUACCGUAGGAAGCUUAUGGAGAAUGGAUACAGGGCCGUCCCAGAAGCUAGGUUGCCUCCGAUGAUGCUUGGGGGUAUCGUCUUUACAGCUGGACAGUUCUUGUUUGCAUGGACCUCAUCCCCAGACAUGAACUACUGGCCAUCUAUCAUCGGCAUUGCGUUGACUGGUCUUGGCUUCACAACCAUCUUCCAAGCUGCACUAGGCUAUCUCAUCGAUACAUUCACUCGCUACAGCGCAAGUGCAGUUGCAGCCAAUACCUUUAUGCGGUCCAUGUUCUCUGGUGCAUUUCCUUUGUUCAUCAUUCCCAUGUAUCACAAGCUUGGAGUGGACUGGGGAACAACCGUUUUUGGUUGCAUUGCUGCUGUGUUGGUCCCUGUUCCCUAUCUGUUCUUUGUUUGGGGCAAAAGGAUCCGAGGUAAGGGCAAGUGGAGCAAGGACAGCGUUUAGCUGCACCAUGGGUUUGUCUUGUCUUACGAGUCUGAUCUUGUAUAUGAGUUUGUAAAACUCAAUCACUGUGUAUAUCAUAGCCGUGAAAGGUUGAUGUCCGCUGGCGUGUCAACUGGGAAAUUAGAAUGUGUAAUCGGGAGAACUUUAAUGCACUGUAUGAAAAGGAUUAAUAACAUGCACUGCACUUCAUUUGAAG